UUCUACCAUCGCUGCCUUGCUUGACAAGAAGAGUUCAAAAGCUCAGCUGCAGAAAUAUAAACGUAAAAUCACACUGUCAAUAUAUCAAACACUCGGAAAGAUUAUUCUGCUUAGCUUUGUUGCUUCGUCAUUGGAAUUACGGAAAAUUUGAAGCUCUAGUUUGCGGGAUUGAAAAUGUUCCUCACGAGAACUGAGUACGACAGAGGAGUCAAUACUUUCUCCCCUGAAGGCCGAUUGUUUCAGGUCGAAUAUGCCAUUGAGGCUAUCAAGUUGGGUUCAACUGCAAUUGGGAUAAAGACUAAGGAAGGUGUGGUUCUUGCUGUUGAGAAGCGCAUCACAUCGCCUCUUUUGGAGCCUAGCAGUGUGGAGAAAAUUAUGGAAAUUGAUGAACACAUUGGCUGUGCCAUGAGUGGCUUAAUUGCUGAUGCCCGCACACUGGUUGAACAUGCACGAGUUGAGACACAGAAUCAUAGGUUCUCGUAUGGUGAGCCCAUGACAGUUGAGUCCACUACUCAAGCUCUCUGUGAUCUUGCCUUACGAUUUGGUGAGGGGGAUGAAGAGUCAAUGUCGCGACCUUUUGGUGUCUCUCUUCUCAUUGCCGGCCAUGAUGAGAAUGGUCCUUGCCUGUACUAUACUGAUCCCUCUGGUACAUUCUGGCAAUGCAAUGCAAAAGCCAUUGGCUCGGGUUCUGAAGGUGCUGAUAGCUCUCUGCAGGAGCAAUAUAACAAGGAUCUGACUCUUAAAGAAGCUGAAACGAUUGCGCUUUCCAUCCUGAAGCAAGUUAUGGAGGAGAAGGUCACGCCCAACAAUGUUGAUAUUGCGAAGGUUGCACCAACGUACCAUCUCUACUCCCCUUCUGAAGUCGAAGCAGUGAUCACUCGUCUAUAACCCUUCUGAAGUUGAAGCAGUUAUCACUUGGCCAUUAGAGGACGGCCAGUGGUUCUGUUUCAUUUUUUAUAUAUCCUGUGAUCAGCAUUUGCGUUAUUCCAUGCUUGAACAUUUUGUACCGCUAUCUUAAUACUUUGGCACAAAUAUCAAAUUCAACAAGAAAACAGCAAUUUUAGUAUUUUAACCUAA